UAAUGUCAGAUACUAUCAGUCUUCGGCCGUCUUGCCAUCGAGAGUGAACCCUGGACACAAUAUUUAUGGUUGAACAGGCCAAAGUAUUUAUGGAAGUGCUACAAAAACACCUUAUAGAUUCUGGAGUAGAUGAGAUUGAUUUAGAGGAUAAAAUAAUCCCUCAUCUUUGGAAAAAAGGUUUUAAAAAAAUUGCUGAUUUUGAGUUUUUGGAAAAGGCAGAUCUUGAUGAUUUAGAUGUCAAUGAUGUAAUCAAAAGAAGGCUAUGGAAGUAUAUCCACAAAGAUCAAUCAAUAACUCUGCAGUCUGAUGAAACUAACGACGACUUUGAUCAAGACACUGAAAUAUAUAUAAGAUACAUCUAUUGCAAUUCUGAUCUUUUUGCAAAUGAUAUAGCUGAAAUGAAGCUUGUCAAAAUAAAACCAUCAAUGAAGCUGGAUGAAAUUACAAGUAUGAUAUGUAGUGACAACAAAAUUCCUCAAGAAGAAACAAUUGAGCUAUAUUCAAGUCAUGGAUACCCAUUACAGAAUAAUGAAAUAACUGGACAAGGCACACUAAGGUCUUGGAAUAUAAAGGAUGGUGAUUUAUUUUAUGUAUUAAGAAGGUCAAAGAAGCAACCACAAAUGAAGGAAUUUGUUUCUUUACCUGAAUUGGAUCAUAAUAUUGGUCAGGAAACUUUUAUAAUUGAAACUCCUUUCCAUGGCUCUUUCUCAGUCAAUGCAUACAUGGAUUGUGAUUCACCGGAAGACAUUGCACAAAAAGUUUACAGUGUGACUGACAUACAAGUUCCAUUUAUGUCACUUUAUGUCAGGAGGGGAUAUAUGCAUGAGCGGAUGACAGCAUUUACAGAAUUAAAGGAUAAGGAUCAUAUUAGAGUUGUAUUGAGAAACCCAUUAGAAAUAGUUCAGCCUCGUUCCUCUGAUUAUGGCAGCAAAAAUUACAAUUUUUUGGUUCCACAAACAAAGUCAGGGAUCACAAAAUUUUUUUCAAUACUUAAGUUUAUUUGUUCACGUCAGCCCUAUAACAAAGAGUAUGACUUUGAAAAAUUCCUGUCUUACUUAAUGACAUUCACUGAUUUCCCUCCUUUGGUCUAUGCAUUACAGAAUCUGAAAGAAUUUUCAUUUCUCACAAUAUCAGGCUGGACAGCAUUAAUUGAGGGUUUCUAUUUGCUUUUCAAAACAAUUCUUGAAGCUUUUGCUACAGUGAGCAGUGAUCAUAUCUUUGAAUAUUCAGAUUAUACUUUCUCUAUGCUGAUUCAUAAGUCACAUGAUGUUCAAGAGGCAUGCACAGUAAAUGUUGAAACACAACACUGCUCACUAGUGUGCCCUUUAUCAGGAACAAGGAUACAUCAACCAGUUCGUGUAGAUGUAGAUAUGACACAAGGUCCCUUUGAUAAAGAAAACAUCUUAGCCAAAAUUGAAAGUGGUGAUGAGUUUGUACAGUUAGGCAGAAUUACAAAAGAACAAUUAAAGGAAGAUAUCGAGACUGCUAAGCUUCUCAUGUAUUUUCCGUGGGAAACUGAUACAAAAGUAUGUGUGUGGACAAAUCCACCAAGGAAUGAAAUACCAAAAGUUUGUAAAAAGGUGGAUAUAUCUUUUAAAUGGUUUGACAUGCUACAAUCUUUAGCCGAGUUACAUAUACUGAAUCCUCAAGGAUUAUACAGCGGGGAUGAAUGUAUAACUUACAAUAUUGAAGCACAUCUAAUCUACUUUCUUGGUUCAACAAAAAGUUCAGAUGAAAAAAGAAGAUUCUACAAUGCAUGUGCUGAUGCUGAAAGUGGCUAUCAACAAGUGAUACCAAAAAAAGAGCUCGAAAAAAUUGGAAAAUCAAGUGACCUUGAAAUGCAAGUUACCUCUGACAUUAAAAAAGUAAUCAGUAAAGGCAGUGAAGAAAUUCAAAAUUACAAUGAAAUAAGAAAGUCUGCUGUGAUUGCACCACAAGAAAGUAUACAAUGGGACACAGAAGAAGCUAUUGUGGUUUUAUUUGACCACAGUGGUUCCAUGGGUUCUCGAGUUUUUGAAGAAACUGGAAAAAUGACAAGGCUUGUUGCUGCUAAACACUUGUUUAAUAGUUUUGCAACACGUACUCUGGCAUAUAAGCUGCACCAUGCACUGGGACUAACUAUAUUUGGAUCAGAUGUUAUUCUUGCAUUAGAAAUUAGCAAAAAUACAGAAAAAUUUGAGACUAGUUUGGAAGAUGUUGAACUAGAUGGUUCAACAGAAUUGACAGCAGCUAUUGUUGAUGCUGUUCAGCAACUUAAAAGAUUCAACUGUAAAAGGCGGAGGAUAUUGUGUCUAACUGAUGGAUACAACGGUUCCAGUGUGACAUAUGAAUAUGCAUUGCAAUGCACAAAGGAUGCUGGUGUAAUUGUGGAUACAGUUUUGUUGACACAUCCCUCUGACAAUAAAGUACAAAAGGCAUUCUCUCAUGCAACAGGAGGUGUAUGCGUUCUCCCUAAAACAAUGCAGGAAGCACUCAGAUACUUUGAGUUAGAUGCAAUGCUCUCACUGAGUGAAAGGGGCUUUAAACAAUCUUCAGCUAAUUUAAGAGAUUUACAAGAUAUUGAUCGUUAUCCAUAUGAGACAGAGGCUAGCUUUAAAUCAACCUACAUUGACUCAUUUCACAAUGUGAAGACACACUCAAUGAAAACCCACAUAGAUCAGCUAAAAGAAAUACCAAGCAAGUCACAGCAACGAAGAAUAAUAAGAGAACUUAGAGAGUUCAUGCAUAAUCCUCAUCACAGUAUAACAGUUUAUCCAAGUCAAACAAGCUAUGACAAAUGGAAAGUAUUAAUGUCUGCCCCAGAUAAAAGUGCUUAUGCAGGAGGAGUGUAUACUCUAAGUGUUGAAUUUCCAAAAAAAUAUCCUUUGACCCAACCUGAAAUACGAUUUCUUACACCAAUAUAUCAUUGCAAUGUUAGUAGCAGCAGUGGGAGGAUAUGUCAUGCAAUACUUGGAGAGUCAUACACACCCUCCACCAGUAUGAGAGAAAUACUGAGCUACAUUUAUGGACUGUUGAUGUGUCCUGAUGUCGAUAACCCACUUGACAGUGCACUUACUGAAGAGUAUAUCCAUGGAAACCAGAGUGGUAGUAACAAAGGCAAUACUGAAUCUUCUCAAGUGGCAAGUGAAUAUUUCAAAAAAGCUGGAGAAAGUGUCAAAUUGCAUGCAAGUAGAGCAUUUGAAGAUUUACACAAAGAAUUUAGUGGAUGACUCAUCUUAAAAAAGAACACUUCGCUUGAAUACUUACAUGUACACAUUUAGCUUCUUUGUUUUUAAAAUCUAAUGACAAUGAGAUAAUUCAAAUGCAAAUAAUAUGCAUAAA